CGCCUACCCUCCCCCCGCAUCGCCAGCGCUCUUUCUCUCUCUCUCUCCCCGAUGAAGAUGGCUUCGUCUGUCUGGAAGGGUCUAGUCGGUGUCGGGCUGUUAGCUUUGGCUCACUCGGCGUUUUCAGCGGCUCAGCAUAGGUCCUAUAUGCGACUAACAGAAAAGGAGAAUGAAACACUACCGAUCGAUAUUGUCCUUCAGACGCUGCUGGCAUUUGUAGUAACUUGUUAUGGCAUUGUGCACAUUGCGGGGGAAUUUAAAGACAUGGACGCUACGUCAGAGCUGAAGAACAAGACUUUUGACACGCUGAGAAAUCAUCCUUCUUUCUACCUUUUUAACCACCGGGGCAGAGUGCUUUUCCAGCCCCCUGAGACCACCCCUGUCCCCAGGCAGCAAGCACUGAACUGCAACCCACUGAGGCUACGGAAACUAGAGUAUCACUGAGACUUCCUUUCUGUAUUAAAUGUUACAAUCUAACACUCCAGGGUGUAAAAAAAAAUUUAAAAAAUCUUCCGUUACCUUUUUGUAGCUGACUGGGUUUUUUUUCCGUUAGACUGUGCCAACUCCUUUUGCGUGGGGGAGGGAAGGGAGUUGUCCUGCUUGUACAUUACCUUGUACUCCCACGUAAAAGUAACUGAACAGGUCGGGGAUCAGUGAUCUAAUGAUCCCCUGCCCUCUGCUCUAACUGCCUGCUCAACGUGUGUUGUUUGAACCAUAGGCUACUGAACAUUUUUGUCUGCCUUGCUGUUAAGACUGUCAGGUAUUUAAGUUUUUUUUUUUUUUUUUUUUUUUUUUUACACCCUGCUGAGCAAACGUGAUAAAUUACAGUACAGGAUGUAUAACUUAUUUAGUGACAGUAUUUAUAUACUGCUGUUCAGGAUUUUGUAAUACAGUAGUUGAAAAAAAUUAAUAAAAUAUCUUCAUUGAAAUGAAGCAUGCAUUUGUGAUAUUGGGAAAUAGCAAUUUAAUAUUGCUAAUAAAUUCUGGGGUAAAAUAAACUAAGGAAACUUUCAUACAUUUUAAAAGCCAAUACGGCAGGUCAUUGUCUGUUUCAUGUUAUGUACAAAAGAAAAAAAUAUGCAUCAAAUCAUUUUUAA